AUGGCUAUGAAUUAUAAUAUGGUAACAUUAACAGAUAAACUUGAGUAUGUUUCAGAUCAUUCACAAUUUGAAAACAAGAGUAGCUUACAAGAUGCAAAAAACAUUGAUAUCAAUUUAACAAAUUGUUUUUCUAAACUUAUGCUUAAUAAUUCUCAGAAAUUUUUAACAAAAUGUGAUAACAAUUUGUUAGAAGAGGAAAAAGAUUUAGUUUGGAAAGAAUGUGAACAAGAAUUAUUAUGUCCCAAAACUGUUAAUAAAAGAAGACCCUACAAAGAAAAUAUUCAUCAGUUUCAAUCUUAUUCUUCUCUUUACUUUCCAUAUGAUGUUCGAGGAUUGUCUUCUUCAAAUUUACCAAAUUUAUUCAAAGAACAAAAAAUAUCAUCAAAUUUUUUGGUUGGUGAGGAAUCAUCUAAACCUUUUUUAAUGUAUGAAACACCACCACCUUCACCUUUCUCUAUAAAUCCGAUAACCUUUGGUAAUGAUUUUAAUUUAUUUCUUCAAAAUAAUGGUCAACAUCAAAAAUUAGAAUGUUUGUAUGGAUUAAAAGAUGAUUAUUCACCUCCUUUAAACUCUAAAUAUUAUUUUACUUCUGAAAAGAAGAAACCUUUUAAUCGAAAAUCAAAUCAGUUGUUAGAAAGAUGUCGUAAUGGCGAUGUUGAUGGUCUUGAUCUUGAUAAUAUUAAGAGACAUAUUUUUACUUUUGCCACAGAUCAGUUUGGUUCUCGAUUUAUUCAACAGAUGUAUGAAUCUUCAUCAAAUGAAAAAAAAGCAGCUAUUUUUGACUGUUUGCUACCACAUGUUUUAAAAUUAUCAUGUGAUGCUUUUGGAAAUUAUAUUAUUCAGAAACUUUUUUCUUUAAGUAGUGAAUUGCAAAGAAGUCAAAUUUUUGAGGUACUUCAUGGAAACUUUUUAAAAUUAUCUCUUAAUCCUUUUGGUUGUCGGGUAAUGCAAAAAGCUCUUGAAACCGGUGAUUCUGUGGAAACUGCUUAUAUUGCAAAUGAAAUAGAAGAUAAUAUUGUUAGAUGUAUGUUGGAUCAACAUGGUAAUCAUGUAGUUCAAAGAAUAAUUAUUGGAAUUUCAACUGAAAAUUAUGAGAAUAUUAUUUUAAGGAUUGAUAAAAAUAAAAAUGGUCUUUCGUAUGUUGAUCUUUCACUUCAUCAAUAUUCUUGUCGUGUUAUUCAGUCAAUUAUUAAAACAAUACCAUCUUUUAUAAGAUUUAUUAUGACAAAUGAGCUUUACAAUUAUGUGGAUUGUCUUUUUUCUCAUGAAUAUGGAAAUUAUGUUGCUCAAAAAAUGUUUAUUUAUGGGUCUUCUGCAGAACGACAUAAAAUAUUAAAGUGUUUUCGUGAAAAUUUAUCAUGUUAUUCAUGCAAUAAGUAUGCUUCUAAUGUUAUUGAAUUUUGCCUUAAAAAUGGAACGUCUACAGAAAAAAAUUAUUUAAUUGAUAAAGUUUUUGAAAAUUCUUCCGAAAAUCUCUUACGUUUAAUGAUUUCUGAUCAAUAUGGAAAUUAUGUAAUACAACAGAUGAUUGAAAGUGCUAAUGAAACUUUAAAAAAGAAACUUAUUUUUGCUGUGAAAUCAAUGCAAUAUAAUAAUAAUAUUAUGUCGUCAGUUGCGACAAAUAAUAAUAUUAAUACUUCAAAAAGCAUAUCUAAAGAACAUUUAAAAAAUUAUGGAGAAGUUAGAAUUUUAGAAGAUAGUGACUUUGAAAAGAUUCGUAUAUUAUGUCAAGAUGAUGAAAAUUGGAACUGUGUUUUUGACAAGAAAAAUAGUAAAGUUUGGACAUUAGAAGUAUCUGAUUCAGAAUUUUUAAUGUACCGUGUUUCAACAUUUUUUGAAGAUGUUGAAGCAGAUAUUGUUUAUGAUGUAUUACUUGACCCAAUUUAUAGAAAAAAAUGGGAUAAGUAUAUGAUUGAUGGUAAAGAUAUUGGUAUAAUAAAUCCAAAUACAAACAUUUGUUAUUAUGCAGUUGGUUGUAUGCCACCAUUCAAAAGUAGAGAUUUUGUUAUGCAACGUUCUUGGUUAGAUAUGGGAGAAGAAAAAUUUAUAUCAAGUCAUUCAAUAUGUCAUAAAGAUUACCCACCAUUUUCUAAAUAUGUUCGUGCUUCAGUCUAUUUGACAGCAUACCACAUUCAACAACUUAAAAAUGGAUGUAAAAUUACAUAUGUUGCUCAUUCAGAUCCCCGUGGAAAACUUCCUAUUUGGUUUGUUAAUAAAUUAACUAAAACUAUUGCACCUGUUGUUAUAAAAAAAUUACAUAAACACUGUCUCUCAUAUACUGCCUGGAAAACUAAACAUGAAGAAUAUUUUAAACCAUGGAGAUUUCCUGAACAAAUGUUAGAAUUACCGAAAAUUAAUUUAUCUGAUUGUGAACCACAUUUAUAUGAAGAAAAUUUGAAUAUAGUUGAUGAAAGUAAUGUUAAAGAUUGUGACGAUGUAUUGGAAGAUAUUAAUGAAUAA